CGAAUGUCUCGAGGAGGAUCUUUGUGUUCGAGCUGACGUCUAGGAUUGGAGUUAGGUGCAAGGUCGAGAUGGGCAACAAACAAGCUCGGCUGCAAACGGCGCCGCCUUUCACAGAGCCUGUACCGCCGCAAAGGAUCGGCAUCCUGAAGGAGUACACUCGGCACGCCUCGCCGGUCACAGUGAUCAUCAAGCAGAAUCAAACGGGCCGGUUACCUCUGGUCGAGGUGCGGGAUGUGCACACAAACGAGCUCUACUUCAAGGUAACACGCUUCAAGACGCAGAAGACACUCGGCUUCCCAACCGGUUGCUCGACGCUCCGCAUGUCCAACGCCGAAGGAGAAGCAUUGUUUUACCUGAAAAAGGUUCACGUUUUGCAAUACGAAGUGCAUCGCGUCCGGUACUACGUGGUCCCAGCCGAAGGCAGCUCAAUCAUCAAAGACGACGAGCGUUCCCCCGCUAGCAAUACUUGCGCCAGCAGCCUUCCGUGGGAAUCGCACAACAUCACCUUGAUGGAGCUCCUGGCAGACUGCAACCGGUUCGACCUGGACUACUACGGCACCGCUGUCCUUCGCAAUUCGGCAGUAGCGGACGCGGGGCCUGGCGUGGGAGAGCCGGAGAAGCUCGAGUUUACGUACGCGGUGGAUAGAGAGGAGGGCGAAAUUAGGAACGGGGUCACCAAGCAGCCGCUUGCGCGCUUGGCCAAGAGUCACAAGGACGUAUAUGGCAGGUCAAUUUAUCGCAAGGGGCAUCAUUGCUUGACUAUUCAACCAGGCAUAUGCUUAGCGACGAUGGUAGCAUUACAUCUUUUGACUGAUGAGUACCGGCGACGACUGAUCAAAUAUCGAGAGACGCGUGGAGUUGUCACGAAUCCGUAUAUCACAGACGUGGGCCAUUUCUACACCAAACAAUGGCACCCGCUAGAUUCACCGUCCCAACAAGGGAGUUCGAUCGAGUAUAACAUCACACCAAGAGGCGAGGUAUUAUUGAAUUCACAUCAUCGGUCGGGAAAUCAUGCCGACCCCGUUUUGUUCGACGAUCACGGUGUGGACAUCCAGGGUGCUGAGAAUCGAAACGAUGGCGCAGACGAUGCGACCGCGCGCAUCAGUGUGCUUGAAGCCGUGGACGUUGCAACGACUGAUACCGGCUCGAGUACGUUGCAAUUGUCGCCGCGGACACAAUCGCCUUGACCAUCUUGAGAGCUCGGCGUUUUACGCAGUGCUAGACUAUACCUUUGUACUCC